AUGAGGAAAGCCCACAACAACGGCAUUCCUACCGUGCAGCCGCUUGUUUUGAGCAGAGGAAAUGUUCAACAGCCGCAGAAGGUGCAAGAACGACGGAGUUCAAGCAGCAGUGAGAAGUCGCCUACAAAAAAGUCAAAUAAUUUUCUGGAUUUCUGGAGCUGCAAAUUGUGUCUAUUCAACACUUUACAAGGCAAUGAAGUAGAUGCACUGAAGCGUCAUCUCGUAGCUGUUUCAGACGCAAUUCCAGCAGCGAUUGAAAACAAUGCCUGCAAAAUUUUUGGAUGCGCUACUAUAAAUUUGAACAGUGCGCUGAACAGGGGAAAUCUCGAUGCCCUGGAUCGACUUUGGCAGCUAACGUUAAACCAGAUAAUACCAAAUAUGGAAUCUAUGCUGUUUUCACUUAAGCAAAGCAACGUGAAUUUUAACGUACGCUGUCAAAUACUUUCGUCAUUUCGAGACCGCGUAUUGAAUCGCUUGCUCGCAUCAUUUGAUUCGGAUGCAGAGCGAAUUCAACCAAUGGUCACCUAUAUACUGCUGGUCACUGCUGACCAAUCAUCAGAUUAUCAGAAAUUUUGUGAGAUUGCAAAUAGCAUCCUCGAAUGUGAUGCUGCUGCUGAGCUGCUACAGCACAAUUCCCGGGUACCAUUUCUCUUCACUACUUUCUAUAAUUUGGAUAAUCCCGGUAAAACCAAUACUGUGAAAUAUUCGUCUUGGUGUUCUUGA